AUGCCUUUGGGCUUUACGGACGAUUAUCGCGCGCCCUCACAUGUGGUCCGUCUCUCUGAUAGUAACGAAUACGGCGAAUCAGAAGAGUUUGAGAGUGUUACUGAGGCUAUAGACUUUGUAGACGAUGGACUUGGUUUAGGCCUUGGCAAUGCUCUUCAAGUUCUAUGCGCUCAACAGACUCUCUACACUUUCCUGCUCCAGUGCGUUCAGAUUAUCUUGUCGGAUCAUCUGAGACUACUCGACACUGAGAUUGAUGACCCAGAGCCUGACGCGCUGAUCAUCGUUGAUGAAGAAGAUAAGGACGUUGGCUUCUCCGAGGCUACCGCUAUGACACCUUACCGUGGUCGCCAUGGUCUUCAUCUACAUAGACUACGUCGCUGGACGUCGGACGCAGCUAACACGGCCAAGGAUGAGAUCUGGCAACUUCGCGAAGAUCCAUCGCAGUUCGAAAAAGCCUACAUUAGUGCUGUCGACCAUGACGUUGCUCAGGUGGUCGAUCGCUACGGAAAAGCGCAUUCUAAUAUCAAGAGCAAAGACUUCAUCGCUAGCACCCUGAACGUUCUAGUGGCUCGUCAUCACCGACGGUUGGUAUGUUGGGAUCAACUUGACGCUUAUGCUCGGCGUAUCGGUGAACUUUUCUCUCUCCACCCGGAAGGUGUGCGCGCUUGGUCACUCGAACCCGAAGAACUCGUGGAGGCUAUCCAGUCGUUCCAUGUGCUACUCGAGCUCAUGAAGCGAGACGUUCUCGAAGAAAUGAGUCAAUAUUCGGCUAGCGGAGAACUUCGAUCGCAGUUUGUGAGGCUUCCGCUGUCAACCGGAUCACACCUGUCAGCACACAAGAACUUCAUGAAAGAUCAGAACAAGAAGGAGAUUUGCCUUCUUCUUCUUCAGGAGUUAUGUGGUGAACUCAAUAACAAGAGCGAGCAUAUCAUGCCUUUCCUUGAAAUCCGAGUGUGGGACCGUGUCCUCGUAGCGGCCAUGGAUACUGGGUUUAUCACUUCCCCAGAACUUGGUGAUCCUUCCGAUGGAAAGUUCAGGUACCCUUACGAAGAAAGCAGACGGAAGAAGAAGGCAAUUGAUGCGCUGCGUAAAGCAGAGGCCAAUUUAGACAGGUUCUGGAGAAGCUUUGAUACGGAUUUUCGGAACCGAUCUGGAGGAGAGGACCAGGAGACUUUCCGCCGCCUUCUCGAAGAGCGUGGUGCUAUGCGGCGAACAAAAGCGUGGGUGAACAAUCGUCCCGAGAAAGAGACCGGUCACCUCUCUGCGGAAGAUGUUUUCGAACCUCAGCCGGUAUCUCAGAUCUUCCACGACCCAUCGAAAGAAAUUACGGGAAACCUGGAUAAAUUUGCCAUAGCAAAGAAAGCAAAAGACAAAACCCGUGGAACAGCUGCCGCCGUGCCCGCCGACGAUCCUGACAUUGAAGAUGAGCCCGCUCCCGAUACGUUUGUCGAUCCUCUUCGGCCGUGGACCCGUCUCGGAGACAAUUCAUAUAAGGUUCUCAAAACGCUAUUCUUCAUUCCAGAUGAAGACAAAGUACCAGGAGUGACCAAGUGGGCUGCUUUCCGUACGACGAUGACCCAUCUCGGCUUCUCCGCUGAACAAAUGCAAGGUUCUGCGUGGCAGUUCACUCCAUCGGAGCAGCUCAGACAGGACAGAGGUCUUGACAGGGGCAUCUGUUUCCAUGAGCCUCAUCCGGGCAACGAGAUGUCGCUUGCCAUGAUGCGGACGUUGGGUGCAAGACUGACUCGCGCGUAUGGUUGGGACGGCUCGAUGUUCAACCAACAAUAA